AUGUUACCAAUUUCAGUUGAUCAUGGAGGUAGAUUCGAUCGAUCUAUGUGGGAAGCCUACGUCUCUGCAAACAAAUUAUUUUCCCAGAAAGUAAUUGAAGUCAUAAAUCCCGAAGAUGAUUUUGUUUGGAUCCAUGAUUAUCAUCUAAUGGUGUUACCUACUUUCUUGAGAAGACGAUUUAAUCGUUUAAGAAUGGGGUUCUUCCUCCAUAGCCCAUUCCCUUCUUCCGAAAUUUAUAGAACACUUCCUGUUAGAGAAGAAAUCUUAAAAGCUAUACUCAACUCCGACCUAAUCGGAUUCCACACCUUCGAUUACGCCCGUCAUUUCCUUUCCUGUUGUAGUCGGAUGUUUGGAUUGGAAUACCAAUCCAAAAGAGGGUAUAUAGGAUUAGAUUACUACGGAAGAACAGUCGGAAUCAAGAUAAUGCCAGUUGGAAUCCAUAUGGGACAGAUAGAAUCUGUGAUGAAAACUGAUAAAGAAUCAAGAACCAAGGAACUAAAGCAACAAUUUGAAGGAAAAAACGUGUUGCUUGGAGUUGAUGACAUGGACAUCUUCAAAGGCAUCAAUCUGAAGCUUUUAGCAAUGGAACAAAUGCUUAAACUACAUCCAUCUUGGCAAGGAACAGCUGUUCUUGUCCAAAGUGCAAAUCCAACUAGAGGUAAAGGUGGAAUACAUUUGGAAGAAAUUCAAGCUGAAAUUCAAGAAAGCUAUAAACGUAUAAAUGAAGAAUUCGGUAAACCCAGGUAUCAACCAAUUGUUUAUAUAGACAAACCAAUGUCAGUUAAUGAAAGGGUUGCUUAUUACAGUAUAGUUGAAUGUGUUGUGGUGACAGCUGUAAGAGACGGAAUGAAUUUAACUCCAUAUGAAUACAUCGUAUGUCGAGAAGGAAUUCCCAAUUCCAAUUCCGAUUUUGAUUCCGGUCCCAAGAAAAGCAUGCUAGUGGUAUCGGAGUUUGUGGGGUGUUCUCCUUCUUUGAGUGGUGCAAUUCGUAUCAAUCCUUGGAAUGUUGAAGCAACUGCUGAAGCAAUGAAUGAAGCUAUAUCAAUGGGAGAACCUGAGAAACAAAUGAGACAUGAGAAGCAUUAUCGAUAUGUGAGUACACAUGAUGUGGCUUAUUGGUCUAGAAGCUUCUUGCAAGAUAUGGAAAGAAGUUGUGCAGAUCAUUUUAGGAAAAGAUGUUGGGGAAUCGGUUUAGGUUUUGGGUUUAGAGUUGUGAGUCUUGAUCCGAACUUCCGGAAGCUUUCGAUUGAUGAUAUUGUAUCAGAUUACUUAAAGGCUAAACGAAGGGCAAUUUUGUUGGAUUAUGAUGGAACUGUAAUGCCUCAAAAUUCCAUUAUUAAGACACCAAGUAGAGAAGUUAUUUCACUUCUGAAUAGGCUUUCUAGUGAUCUGAAUAAUACGGUUUUUAUUGUUAGUGGAAGAGGUAGGGAGAGUUUAAGCAAGGCUUUUUCUCCAUGUAGGAAGCUUGGAAUUGCAGCUGAACAUGGCUACUUCAUAAGGUGGUGUCAAGAUGUGGAGUGGGAGACGUGUGGUCAAAGUAGUGAUUUUGGAUGGAUGGAUAUGGCUAAACCUAUCAUGAAACUAUAUACAGAAUCAACUGAUGGAUCAUCUAUAGAAACUAAAGAAAGUGCUUUAGUUUGGCAAUAUAGAGAUGCAGAUCCAGGGUUUGGAUUUGCUCAAGCAAAAGAGAUGCUUGAUCAUCUUGAAAGUGUUUUGGCAAAUGAACCUGUUGUUGUUAAAAGUGGUCAAUAUAUUGUGGAAGUUAAACCUCAGGCAUCAAGUAAAGUUGGACAAAAACCAAGUAAAGCAAAAUAUUAUCUUGAUGACACCAAUGAAGUUAUUUUAAUGCUUCAAAGUCUGGCUGAAGCUACCGACUCUCCCGUGUUAUCUGAAGAUGAAAAUUGUAGGUCCCAUUAUCCUUAA